AUGCGGAAUAUUUUGCACGACACUACCAACGUAAAAAAAGGUAAAAUUAUGAAAAAGAAAAAAAAUGACAAAGAAAGUGUUUUAAAUUUUAUUAAAGAUGUGUAUAACACUACGACAGAUUAUAAUUUAAAGUAUGAUCUCUCAAAAUGUAUAGAAAUUAUAGAAGGUAAAGAAAAUCAAGAGAUAAAAGAUCUGAAAGAAGCUUUGGAAGAAGUGAUACAAGAAAAUAAUGAACUAAUAGAAGAAAAAACAAAAUUGUAUUUAGAACUAGAAGAUGCAAAAAAUAAAUAA